AUGCAUCAGUCUGCUCUGUAUGACUUUGGGGAUCUGUUCUUGAAGGUGAGCCCCGAAUACCAGAACGAUAAUGGAGUAAAAAAUUUUAACCAAACUCGGCCAGUGCAGACGAUGAACAGCGCGCUCAACAGCGCACUGGGCGCUGUGGGUGCGAAUGGCACCACCGCCGGCUCGGCGUGGGAGCACCCGGCGCUGUCGCGCGCCGCCUCGGUGCCCCACCGCGCCCUCGCCGGCCUCCUGGACCGCCUCGGCCACCGCCGCCUCGAGCGCACCACCAGCGAGCCCGCCCCCCCGCCGGCCACCAGCCGCUACAAGACCGAGCUGUGCCGCCCCUUCGAGGAAGCCGGCGUCUGCAAGUACGGCGACAAGUGCCAGUUCGCUCACGGCGUCCGCGAGCUCCGCAACCUGCAGCGCCACCCCAAGUACAAGACGGAGCUGUGCCGCACCUUCCACUCGGUGGGCUUCUGCCCGUACGGGCCGCGGUGCCACUUCGUGCACAACGCGGAGGAGGCGAGGCGCCGCGAGCCCCCGUCGCCGGGCGGCUCGCUCGCCUCGCUCUCCUCGGGUGGCUCGCUCGCCUCCUACAUGAGCGACGGCUCGCGUUCACCGCGCUCGCCCCACUCGCCCCACUCGUCGCACUCGCCGGCGCUCUCGCCAGCGCACGCCGCCGGCGCCGGCGCAUUCGCCUUCCGCCGCACGCACUCGCCCGACCCCGACGACGAGAGGCUGCCCGUCUUCAACCGCCUCUCGUCCGCCUUCGGAGACCUCAUCAUCGCC